AUGAGGAUAGUGAGCCUGCUGCCUUCCGCCACUGAGAUCCUGGCCCUCAUCGGCGCCAAGGACAUGCUGGUGGGCCGCAGCCAUGAGUGCGACUUCCCUCCAGAGAUCCUGAAGCUGCCGACCGUGACCAACUCCCAGCUUGUCUUCCAGAGCUCUGCUCAGAUCGACCAGGCCGUGCGGGAGUCCUCCAAGGCGGGGAUAGACCUCUACGCUGUGGACGCGGACCUGCUGACGGCACUGAAGCCGGACCUGAUCAUAACCCAGGGCCUGUGCAGUGUGUGCUCCAUCGAUGGGACCAAGGUCCAUCAGAUCGUGAGGCGCAUGGAGGUCCGUCCCAAGAUCCUCGAGCUCAGUCCCAACACGCUGGAAGACGUUUUGCAGAACGUGGAGCAGGUCGGGGAGGCUGUGGGGCUGACAGAUCGCGCUGCCGACGUGAAGCUCUACCUCAAGAAGCGAAUAGAACUGGCGACGAAGACAGCAGAAGAAGGGAGGAAGAAGAGUGUCCAUCCAGUCAACGUCGCCUUCCUUGAGUGGCUGAACCCCUUGUAUAUUGGGGGGCACUGGACACCGCAGCUGAUAGAGAUGGCAGGAGGCGAGCAGAAGCUGCACAACACAGCGAGGCAGAAGGAGGUGGGAUUCAAGUCCUAUGCCAUCUCGCAGGAGGCAGUCACUCAGUCCGAUCCUGACGCGAUCAUCAUCGCCCCUUGCGGCCUAGACCUCGGUGCGACUGAGACUGAGAUCGCGAACCUGGUGCAUGACCAAGACUCCGAGUGGUCGCGAUGGUUCUGCGAGCUCAGAGCUGUGAAGGGGAAGCGCGUGGCUCUGGUGGACGGCAGUCAAAUGUUCAACCGUCCCGGCCCGCGACUUGUCGAUGCUCUCGAGUGGUUGUCCUCCUUCCUCUACCCCGACGCUCAGCAGCUCAAUCCCAUCCGAAGCAGGUGA